CUAUCUAAUCCCCAUCGGCUCACUCUCGGAAGCAGAGGAAGAAGACGCACCCAACAAGAACCGCGCGAGAGAGGAAGCCAAGCCAUGGCCAUGUCGCUCUCCCUCGCGCGCCUGGCCCUGCCGCCGGUCCUCCAGGCCCUCCCGGGCAGGAGGCCGGCCCACUCCGCCCUCGCCUUCCCGGCCAACUCAUUCUUCGGCGCGCCGCUGGCCGUGGCCGCCGCCGGCGCCGCCGCGCUGUCCCCGGCGGCCCCGCUCCCGCGCCCCCUCGCCGUCGUCGCCGCCGGGAAGGGGUACAAGAUGAAGACGCACAAGGCGUCGGCGAAGCGGUUCAGGGUGACGGGCACCGGGAAGAUCGUGCGGCGCUGCGCCGGGAAGCAGCAUCUGCUCAGCAAGAAGAACGCCAAGCGCAGGAAGAGGCUCUCCAAGAUGGUCCAAGUUAACAAGAGCGACUACAGCAACGUGAUGGGUGCGCUGCCCUACCUCAAAGUGAACAAGAAAGCAGGCUGAGAUCUACCAGGUCUCCGUAAAAUGACUGCCACUGAGUUUCUGUUCACCCACUUGUAAUUUUGUGCAUCUUUAUCUGUAUGCCUUUUUUUUCUCUUAAAGACAUACCAAUGCCAGACCUCACAUUCCAAGCAACCAUAAACUACUAUUCAAAUGGGUA